CCUAUUUUGAAGUAUUGUUCUUCAUGUCAUUCUAAUAAAUCUGCUAAUUUAUUUGAAGCUAAUAAAAAAUCUUGUUUACUAUAUUUAAAUUGGUUAAAUGAAGGAUAUAAAAGAAAGCGUGAAGAACAAUAUGUAGAUGAUAUUUAUGAUAUGCAGAAGAAGGUUAUUGAGUCAGAGAAAGUCAAAGAUAUUGUUUAUCAAGAAUCUAUAGAUGUUGAAGAAGGUGGACAAAUAAAUUUAAAAGUGGUUAUAAAUUUUUCUAGUAUGAUAAAUGAGGACACUAGUGUAUUAGCAUUUGAAAUU